UGCAGUCCGUGCCCUCCGCGGCCACCACCAGCCGCCCCGGGCCGGGUGGGCGGGCGCGGGGGCGGCUCCUUCCCGCCCAAUCUCCCUACGCCCUGCCGCUCUCCCGCCUGCCGGCACCACCGGGGCCCGGCCGUAGCCCUGCAGGCCGCGCCGCCAUGGGUGCCGCCCGCCACUGCCGCCUGCUGCUGCUGGUGCUGGCGGCGGCUUGGGCGCCGUGUUUCUCGGAGAGGCUCCGCUCCCGGCGGUGGCCGGUGCCCUACAGGCGCUUUGAUUACCGUCCAAAACCUGAUCCGUACUGCCAAGCUCGUUACACCUUCUGUCCCACUGGAUCUGCCAUUCCAGUUAUGAAAGAGGAGGAUGUCAUUGAAGUAUAUCGAUUACAGACUCCAGUAUGGGAGUUCAAAUAUGGGGACCUAUUAGGACAUUUGAAAAUUAUGCACGAUGCUGUGGGUUUCAAGAGCUCUCUAACAGGCAAAAACUACACGAUGGAGUGGUAUGAGCUCUUCCAGCUUGGGAACUGCACAUUUCCACAUCUCCGGCCUGGCAUGGAUGCACCGUUCUGGUGUAACCAGGGAGCUGCCUGCUUUUAUGAAGGAAUAGAUGAUGCGCACUGGAAGGAAAAUGGAACUUUAGUUCUUGUGACCACAAUAUCAGGAACCAUGUUUAAUGAAAUGGCAAAAUGGGUGAAAUAUGACAAUGAGACUGGGAUUUACUAUGAGACCUGGAAAGUUCAAGCAAGUCCUGACAACCAGUCAACAGUAUGGUUUGACUCUUAUGAAUGCUCUAAAUUUAUACAGAGAACAUACCAGAAGCUGGCUGACUUAGGAGCUGUAUUUAGGAAGAUACAAACAAACUAUACCAGCAUAAUUUUAUUCAGUGGAGAACCUGUUUAUUUGGGAAAUGAAACAUCUAUUUUUGGAUCGCUAGGAAACAAGACAUUGGCAGGAGCUAUAAGAGACUUUUACUAUCCAUUCAGACCUCACCGGACAGUUGGAGAGUUUUUUGUGGAUCUUUUAAAAAUAAUUGAUCGUGUCAUCUUGAAUGGCCAGUUUUACCUCUUCUACAACUUGGAGUACUGGUUUUUACCUAUGAAGUACCCUUAUCUCAAAAUCAUUUAUGAAGAGGUCCCUUUACCUGUUGGAAGCAAAACGUCCUUUGAUGUGUAAUUGCUUACUAAAGAACCAAACUUGCCCUUAUACCAGGUUAUCCUAAAGGAUUUUGGAUUGCAACCAUGGAGGUAUAUAAGUGUUGUGUGUUUCACGGCUGACUGUCAAAGUGGCCUUGGGAAGGCUUUGCUAGACCACAUGAAAGACAAUGCCUUUUUUCUUAGUGUUCAUGAACAUAUCACACAAGUACUAAAGCAUCUCUGCCUUGGCCAGCUUCUGUGUAACCAUGGACACCUGCUGCUUGGCUGAUGUAGCUCCUCUUGGCUCAACUCUACAGGUAGCACCUGGCCACCAACAGAGAUGGGACACAAAUCUUACAAGGACCUUCUGGUCUGACUGACUCAGCUAAUCCAUGUGUUGGAGCUAACAAACCCGAGUGCCUAGAUAUGUCAUUUCCUGUAAUGUGUGCCUUAGUUUGGUGUUUCUAUAUUUCUUUCAGUCGUCCACCUGAAGCCUAUGAGCUGCUCUCUGGUUCAUGAAGCAGGCGUGCAGCAGGGUGGGAAGGGACAGUGAAUCUAUUAAAAGAUGGCAGGAGGGAUAUCUUGUCACCACUUUGCUUCCUUCACCUGCACUAUAAACGCAAUACAGAUGGCUCUUCCUGAGAUUUGUGUUGGAGUUUUCCAGCACAGAGAGAAGGCAAACAGCCUGUUUUGAUAUCAACAUUGAUGCAUAACUGAAGUGUUCUAGCAGCCUCCUGUCUUAAAGUCUACUUGAGGCUUCAUUUAGGUCAGUUGCAUAGAAGUAAUGUUUAUAUUCCUUUUACACUUCUUUAAAAAGUAUGGAAUCCUUAAAAUGAAAGCAGCAAUGACGUUUGUGGUGUGUCAAAGUCAGUUAAAAAUAAGCAAAUGUCAUAGAUUUGCCUAUAAAAAGUAUGUGCAGCCUCUUACUGGCAGUGAUGCUCUGGUGUAUUUGGGUCCUGUUCCUCGCUAUGCCUAGAACAGCUUGGCAGCUAGUGCCUUCUAAACCCAGCUGGCCAAAGCCAAGGGCAACACUGGCUUUUUGGAGAGCAGCAAGGAGCCUCUACACACAAAAAAAUACACCUGCAGCAGCAUAAUCAUCCCUGAGUGUAUACUGCUCACUUUGGUUUUCUAAUUCAGCUGCAGAAUAAGUAGCAUUCCUGCAGAGGUUAUUACUGCAUCAUGGGCAGGUAGGUAGUAACGCAGUAACCUGGUACUGCAGUUUGAUUUGGCUUGAGUUGAAUUAAUAGUCUGCUCCAGCCAAAGACAGAGUACACAGUGAUUUGAUUCAAAUAAUAAGAAUGGCAGAAAAUUGACCUUGUGUUAAAAAAAAGUCACUAAAGUUAGUUAGUUGAAUUGUAUUGUCAUAUAAAUGUGAUGAGCAUGAGAGCUCACGUGAGAGGAAUGAGGUGAUGAGCACACCGGUGUUCUGCAGGGGAAAGCUGCUAAUUAGUUCCACUGUUACAUGAAACUUCACCUUCUACCUCAGCUUGAAAGAUUCUUUGCAGCCAAAGUCACAGGCCCACACUUUAACCAGCAGAGUUUCAGAUGACCCACUAAGAAGGUUAUCCAGGAGGCACUAGGGAAGAUAAAGGGGAGCCACAAGCCUGUCUACAGAAGGUGCAUUCUUGUCGAUGCCUGUUUUUAUGACUUUGAACCCCUCGGCAUUGUUGAGCCCACAUUUAUCCUUUCAGGAAAAAGCCUCAAUCUCAAAACCAGUGUCCCAAGCAAAGGGGAAAUAGGAUCAUGCAACCAAGCCAGUAGAAGCCCCAAAAGCUUCUUCUCUAGCAUUGGCUAAAAAGCAUUGUAGCAUUGAUGCAACUAAGGAGACAUUUUGGAGCCUGAAGCAGAUGCCAUAUUGGGGAGGGUUGUGCUCUCUCCUAGUCAGUCUCUGCUCAGCCUGACAGUGCUGUUCCUUCACUGUACAGCACUGCUUGGUCUUCAUACAGGACCUAGGGAGCUGAGACACCAAAGUCAUUCUUUUCCCCAAAUAGUUAGGAUAUGUGAAAGCCCUGGAGAGCUGAAAAUGGCAAAUCUUGAAAUACACAGGCAAUGGUAGCCGAGUCCUGCACAUCAAAGCUGCCUCAUGCAGCUCCUAAUGAAGAAAUGGGUGUUUGUGGACUUGUAAUAUCUAGAGAGAUUAUACAAUGACGACUUGACAUAGCUGACUGGUUACAGAAGUAAAAACCUUCAUAUUAAAGAACUUGAUCAAAACCAA